AACUGUAACUGUCACGAGAAAAAAAGCAGAACAAACACUAAUUGGGCCAUCAAAAAAAAAGCAAGAACAGAGUAAUGAAAAGAAAUCAACUACACGAGAAGGUACAUCAAAGAAAGAAACAAAACCACCUGCGACGACGAUUACUUCUAACAAAGGCAAAUCGAAAGCAUUACAAGUAAAGAAAACUACUACCAAGAAAGCUGAGGAAAAAAAAGCCCCACAAUAUCAACCGAGUUUGGUCGAAAAAGCUGCUAUCCUUUAUCCAGACAAUUAUUGGAGAUUCCAUGCUGAAAGCAAUACUGGAAUGAUAAAUUAUAUUAACGAAGAACACCAACUCGAAUUGAUAAAUGUGGAUGUGCGUGAUCAAGGACCGAUCACUGGUAUGACACUCUCACCCGAUGGUGCAAUGCUCGUGACAUUUUGUAAUGUAGGAUGCGCAAAAAUAUGGGAUACCGCCGACUUUAAAUUAAUUCAAAAAUUAAGAGACACAGAGGAAAUUAAUAUUGAUGAAUUCUUCGUUGGUAAAUUCAUUCCUGAUCAUACUCGCAUGGCAAUUGGUGGUAAAUUGAAAGAUCGUCAUCAUUGGUCAAAAGAUGAUGAUGAUAAUCAUAUUCUACCGUGUCCUCUUAAGCCAAUGGUGGAUGGAUUAACAUGUAUGGCGUUUACUGUUUCAUUUGUUCCAAACACUGCCAAUAGAUAUUUUAUGGCAGCUACAGAUGAACAUGUUCGAUUAUAUGAUUUUGAUGCAGCACAGCUUAUGCAAACCUUUUCGGACAACAUGUAUUCUCAAUAUUGUGACUGUGGCAAAUUCAUUCACCCUCUCGAACCAUUAGAAGAUCAAGAGAUUAAUGACGAUAGUGUAGAAGAGUGCAAUAGUAAAUCUAAAAAAAAGCAAAUACCCCCGAAAUUCGCAUAUUUUAUUACUCGCGGCGUAGAAAUUUUAGAUGCAGAAGGUGGAAAAAUAGGUGAUG